GCCCCGCUGCGCUCGGUGCUGAGCGACUUCGACACCAUCCAGAAGGAGCAGAAGGAAGCCAACGGCUGCACAGAGAAGCAAGACUGGUGGCUGCGCCGCUCCGAGCUGGACCGCAGGAUGAAGAGCCUCAUCGAGACCCUGGAGACGCAGGUGCUGGGCUGCUGGAGGGGAGUCCUGCUCCCCACCGGCCCCGAGCCCGGUCUGGCAGAGGAAGCUGCCCGCUUGCACCCCCAGCUCUGCCGCUGCGGCUGGAGGGACUCGGAUCCCACCCUGCUCAAGGUGCCCGGGCUGGGCCCCGCAAUGGAGGCGGCGGCGAAGCGGAGAGCCUGCGCCGAGCAGAGCGGUGGCUCGCUCGUCCUGGUUCUGGAUAAGCACCUGCAGAAGCUGCCCUGGGAGAGCAUGGCGUGCCUGAAGGCUGUGCCCGUAACCAGGCUCCCUUCCCUGCGCUUCCUGCUCAGCUACUCCUUGGCACAGAAGCGGACAGGGUCUGUGCUGAGCCGCGGCGUGAACCCCAGCAGCACUUUCUACGUCCUCAACCCGCACAGCAACCUCCUGGGCACCGAGGAGCGAUUUCGGGGCUGGUUCGAGAGCGAGCCCGGCUGGAGAGGGGUGACAGGAGCCAUCCCGAGCCCGGAGCAGAUGCAGGCAGCCCUCCUGCAGCACGACCUUUACAU